AUGAUACGCGCACUCUACGUGAAAUGGGACAACAGCCCGGGAAUCGUCUCCUUUGCUACCAAGGCUUCAGAUGUUAGCGACAUUCCUUUCCCAGCAAUCACAAUCUGUCCCGAGGUCAAGUCACAAAUUUCCCGGUUUAACUUUACCGAUGCUUACCACAAGCAUAAAGCUAUCAAGCUGGAUAAGACAAGUUUGAACACUUUCAUCACCAUGUGGCAGAUAUGCGACCUGGGUACGGGAAUUGAUCAGAGUUGUAUUCAAGGCUACAAGAUUCAACUCCACACCCCCACUGACUACCCUUCCCUGUCGAACUACAUUCAAGUACCGCUGGAUCAGGAGGUGUCGGUCGAGGUGAUCCCGCACCUGGCCCUGACCACCGACAGCAUCCGUCACUACAACCCGAAGCGCCGAAAUUGCUUCUUCCAAGAAGAACGAAAGCUACGAUUCUUCAGUGUGUACAGCCAAGCAAACUGCGAGCUGGAAUGUCUCAGCAACUACACGGUGAAGCUUUGUGGCUGUACCCGGUUCUCGAUGCCACGAGCUCGUCUGGUGCCCGUCUGUGGGGUAGGCGCUAUGCGGUGCUACCAGAUGGCCGAGUACAGCCUGCUCCGGAUGGACAUCUACGGCGAUCGGUUGACGUUCAAAGAUGGCUGCCAAUGUAUGCCGGCUUGCAGCACACUGCAGUACGACGCGGAGAUAUCGCAAGCGGACUUUGACUGGCAUCACAUGAAGCAGUUCGAACUGGAUCGUAUGGAGAGAAUCCACCUCUCCUACUUGAUCGUGUACUUCAAAGAACCGGAAUUCAUAGCGAUCAAGCGAAGCGAACUGUACGGCGAUACGGAGUUUUUGGCAAACUGCGGAGGUCUUCUAGGGUUGUUUCUGGGUGUAAGUCUGCUCAGCUUUGCUGAGAUUCUGUACUACUGUACGCUCAAGCCGUUCGUUUUGUGGUGGAAUUGGCGUCGAUCGAGGUAA